CAUCUGAAACAGAUGGUGAUACGUGGAGCGAUGGCGUCACUGAUUUGGAGCUAUUGGCGGGGCUAUUGGAAGCCGAAAGGGGCAACGAGGAAGAUGAUGAUGACGUCAUAAUUGUGAAUGUUGAAAACGUUCCCGCUGAACAGAGUCAGGGUUUUUAAUUGGAUUUCGGGGAAGAGGUUUCGUGGUCCAGCAACUGGGACAACGAAAUAUUUACCGUUUCCUAUGACACCCAGGAUGAUAGCGAUCAUAAUACGGAUCCGGAGGAACUGAUCAAUGCCGACACAUCGGAAGACACGUCUUGUGAUGUGGGAAACCUUAUGAUUUCCACGAGGGAGGAAGAGUCAGAGGGUGAAGAAACUGGUAGUUCUCAAGAGGUUGAACAGUUGGUGGGUGAAGUUGAACCGUACGAACUCGAGCUAUUCGAACGACAGAGGGUUCGAAGAUUCAGACUCAAUGUCAAUAACUACCACUUGCGAUUUAAUGGUGAGUGGUUAAAUGUUCAGAGACCCGAGAAUUUACCAGUCGUCUUGAGAAGGAUGUUUGACCGUAUACUGGAGGAUCUACGUCAUCAGGUAGAUAGUCAAGAUAAUGACAGAGUAGGGUUAGCUAUUCGUCAUCCAGCUUUGGACGCUCCAAUGAGGAUAGGUUUCCGUCGCCAUAUCGAGCUAAGAGGAGAAGACAUUAUGAACUUGAAUGAAAAGUAAUGUCGAUCUCGCGGUAGAUGACACUAUGAUCAUCAAACUUUUACACGUCGAGGAUCCAAACCGUGUUGGCGAAGGAAGAGGUCAUAGAUCUAAGAUCUAAGUAUAGAAUGUUUUAAAGAAAUGAAGAGGUCUAUUUUGAAGAUAAGGAACAAUGAUGAUCUCUGUUUUGCUAGGGCCCUUGUGACAGCCAUACACUACAGUUUAAAACCGGAACCGUUGGACAGAAAACAUCCCGAUUGUGUCGCCUGGCGUAAAAAGCUCAGAUCCCUGACAGAAAUUCGUAAGUAAGGUGACAGGCAAAGAGAUGAAGCGAUAAAGCUAAUGCAGAACGCUGGGAUUGUCGUGGGUCCUUGCCAAGGUCGGGAAACAUGGGAAGCAGACACCUGGCUCCUACUUAUCAGUGAAAGAUAUAUUCAGCAGAUAUUUUCAACAAGCUGAUGUACAAAAGCCCCGUUGUAGAUGCUGAAAAUAUCCUACAUCUGUUUCAUAAUGACAAUCAUUAUGACGUCAUCACUACCAUGACAGGAUUCACUGGAUACAAUGGAUACUGCGAAGUAUGCGAUAUUCGCUACAGUACAGCCAACAAUCAUAAAUGUAGCCUCGACUUCCACUGUUAACAGUGUAAACAGCCUGGUUUUUGAGGGGUUAAGAUCAACAUGGAUGUGAACUGUUUGACCUGUAAUCGAUGGUUUGUCAAUGUCCGAUGCUAUCAACGUCAUUUGACACGAGCCAUCGAUCGAGCAUCUACCUGUGAUGUGUUUCAUUGCUGCAAGGAAUGUCUGGAGGAAUUUAACACGUCGAUGGAUCACGUUUGUUCGGAAAACAGAGACUGUAAGAUUUGCAAGCAGCCCUUGUCUCUGGACCGUCGAUGUUAUAUCCAGCCAAUACAGGAUGAGGAAAUGAUGCAGCAGUUGCUCAAAGGAAUGCAGGGAGCGUCUCGAGAUAGGAAACGCGAUAUUCCGCAGGAAAGGGCCAAACGAUGAUUCAUAUUUUACGAUUUUGAGGUCACUCAAGACACCGGUAAACACGUGCCCAAUUUAUGCGUGACACACUUAGGAUGUGGGGGAUGUAUUAGAAACAAGUCUGACAACUUGUGCGAUACCUGUCCAUGGCGAGCUGAAGGAGAGGGACCAAGCCAGUCAAGAUAUUUAAAGGUGCAUCCUCGCUGAACGAUGUGGGCGACUGGUUGCUCAGGGUUGCCGACGGUGGAACGAAGAAAAAGGGAAAGAAAAGAAAGAGGCAGUCAGACGGUGACUCUGAGGAUGGUAUGGAUGAAGGUGUCGAAGGGGAUGAUGAGGAAGAGGCCGUUAUAGCCAUAGCCCACCAUUAUAGCGGAUAUGACGGACACCUUCUGCUACAAUAUCUUCAUAAGAAGAUAGUGAAACCUCCCGAGAUACUUAUGCGCGGUCAGCAAAUACUGCAAAUGAAGGUUGGUCGAGUGACUUUUAAAGAUUCACUCAAUUUCCUCUCCAUGCCUCUUAAAAACUUCCCGAAGACCUUUGGAUUGACGGAGCUGCAGAAGGGCUACUUUCCUCAUUUUUUCAAUACUGCUGCCAAUGAAGAUUACGUCGGACCCUAUCCCCCUAUUGAGAGUUAAGGCGCUGACAGCAUGUCUAUCACGGAUAGAGAAGCUUUCAUGAAAUGGUACGAUAGCAAGAUAGCCCCAAAUGCUGUAUUUGAGAUGGGGGAAGAAAUUUUGGCCUACUGUCGGAGUGAUGUCGAUAUUUUGAGGAGAAUAUGUGCUGCCUUCCGACAACUCUUUAUCGAUCAAAACCGGGUUGAUCCCUUUAAAGAUGCGAUAACCCUUCCCAUGGCCUGUAUGAUGGUUUACAGACAGAAUUAUCUUCCUGAAAAUACGAUCGCCAUUAUCCCACCUCUGGGUUACAGACCUCAUCUUCGCUAUUCUAUUCAGUCACUACAGUGGUUGGCGUGGUUAAUGAAUGUUGAUCCAACUUUGGACACACAACAUUCCCGAAAUGGUGGUGAAAAGAGAUUUCACUGUUCAAAUGGAAAAACCUACAGUGUAGAUGGCUUCAACAAGAAGACAAAAACAGUGUACGAAUACUUGGGAUGUUUCUGGCACGGCUGUGCUGGAUUUUAUAAAACCAGUAGAAGUAAGCCUCAUCACACCCUGGGAAUCUCUUUACAUCAAACCCACUUCAGACUGGCUUUACUAAGAAACCAUCCUAAGGUCAACGCUGUACUGACUAUAUGGGAAUGUAGUUUUCAAGGGCAGAAAAAAGAGAACCCUGAAUUAGGCAAUUUUCUCAAGGGUUUUGAAUAUCUAUCCAUGCCUUUGAACCCCUGCGAUGCUUUCUUUGGAGGGCGUACUAACGCUACCAAAUUAUUUCAUGAGGCUGGGGAAGAUGAAAAAAUCAUGUAUGUGGAUGUGUGUUCACUUUACCCAUACAUCAACAAAUAUGGUAGAUACCCAGUGGGUCAUCCAAAGAUAGUAGAUACGCCGGACGUGUCGAGACUGUUUGAUUUACACGGUCUCGUCAUGUGUCGCAUACUCCCACCAAAGCGGUUAUACCAUCCCCUGCUUCCCUACCGAACCUGUGGCAAACUCAUGUUCCCCUUAUGUAGGACAUGUGCUGACUCUCAACAGCAGGAGAGUUGUUCCCACACCGAUGAGGAGAGAGCCUGGGUUGGGACUUACGCCACGUCGGAAGUUCAGGAAGCUGUGAGAGAAUGCGACUAUGAAGUUCUAAACAUAUUCGAGGCUUGGCAUUUUGAGGAAUUUGCACAGUAUGACAAGGACAACAGGCAAGGGGGAUUAUUCACUGACUAUGUCAACAAUUUCUUCAAGUUGAAGCAAGAAGCCAGUGGACCUCCCGAACAGAGUGAAAACCUUCAAGAGUAUGUCCAGACCAUAUUCGACAGAGAAGGCGUGAGACUUAACGAGGCAAACGUAUUGAAAAACCCUGGACUCAUAAUGUUGGGCAAGGCUUGCAUCAAUAAUUUUCUGGGGUAAACUCGCUCAACAGGAAUCGGUUACAAAAUCAGAAUAUUUGUCCGAUCCAAUGACGUUUUUUCAUAUGCUAUUGGAUGAAAGCAUACGGGUACAGAGCGUACUGGUGAUCAAUGAUAACCUAUUGUUCGUGUCUUAUGAACCCGAGAACGAUUAUCUCACACCUCACUCAGCUUCCAAUUUGUCAGCUUCCAAUGCCUGUGCUCUAUUUCGAUUCAGACAGCGUGUACACCAUCCAGAAGAAUGGAAUCCACCGCUGGGCGAUUCUCUAGGAGAACUUACAGACGAAUUGGAUGGGAAUUCCUUUAAAACAUUCGUAUCGGCCGGUCCGAAGAAUUACAGCUAUUUGCUAGCCAAACCCAGGAAGCAUGGUACACAAACUACCUGUAAAGUGAGAGGCUUCACUUUGAAUUAUCAAGCCAGUAGGAAAUUAAACAUGGAGACCAUGAAAGAGUUGAUUAUGAACAAUGGUGAAGAUACAAUCACCGUUGAUUAUCCUUCUCAGAUAAUUCGAGGAGACCUGCGAAAAAAUAAUGAAAUCGUGUCUAAACACGUGUCUAAGAAAUACAGACGUGUUUAUACAAAACGUAGACUGCUUUCAAAUACAGAGGGAAUCCAGGCAGAAACGCUACCUUAUGGCUGGGUUGAAUAAAUUGUAUAAGUUAGAUUCUUUUUGUUUUUCACUGACAUUUGAUAACUGGAUAUAUUAUUAUUAUUAUUAUUAUAUUUCAUGUGAAUAAUCUGUAUCUGUAGUCAUCAGCAUGUUUGUACAUUAUACGUGUUUCACUUUGAAUACACUGUAUUAUUUGAGGCUUGAUUAACACCUAUAUUCCAGUUUUGACAACUACUGUGCAUCACCGUUGGGUAUACCAUGUAACAUCAAAUUCAAAGUUUGCUUUAUAAGUAUAUGUGUAUGUAUGUAUAUAUUUAAUUCGAUUAUUGAUGCCUCAUUGUUGCAAAUAUUCUUAUAAUAAGAGCUUGAA